UUAAUAUAUUGCGAGAGACUGAAAAAGGAGGAUAAAUAAUUAAAAUCCUAAAGAAUUGACUACAACGUUGUCGUAUCAUGUUGUAUUCGUCUUAAUCUUGCAGAUCUUCGUGUUGCACACCACACAGAUCAAACGCGCAUCUCUCUCUCUCUCAUGGAUUCUCAGAGAGCUUACUCUCUUCCCCUUCUGUUCAUCCUAUCUCUUCUUUCUCUACACUACAAGGUGAUUUAUGGGGAUUCCUCACUUCUUUUCCUCGACAGUCCUACUCGCCAAUAUCUUCGCCAUUCAUCAGACCAGACUGUUUCUCUUUCCCCAUCCGAAAUUGGUGCUACUGCAUCAGUAUUGCUUGGCUUUGCACCACCUUCUACACUCUCUGCUGCUAGCUCAUCCAAUCUAAAAGAGGUGCUUGCGCCCAACCCAUUCAACAGGCCCCGUGCAUUAUUGAUGGUUGAGGUUACAGGAGCUGAAGAUUCUGAACUUGUUGGCCGCUUAGAUAAAUCUUCAUCUAGUAGCACCCUGAGGAUCAAGGUUGAAGGUAACCAAAGAGUGGGCAUUCAGCUUCCAGACGAAGAUGAACUUUCUAUGGUGUCACUGAAUGAAAUCUCAAGCAGUGCUGAAUGUUCUGACAAAGAACUAAUUGAUUAUGCGUCCUGGUUGGGCGGAUCAUAUGUUGAAGAUCCAUCCCUAUCACUGAAUGGGGAGCUACUCAUUCCCAUUGCUAAUGGUGGAUUUAUGAGACUUCAUAUGUCAGAGAGAGCAGACAGAGAAUUCACAACGAGUCUUGUAAUGCUUAUUGGUAAUAUGAAAAAGGCUAUGGAGUUGCAUCAAGUAUUGACAAAAAGUGAGCGAAGUCCUGCAGAGCUUAUGACUGGAAGAUUUGAUGGAAUUAAGGCUUUACAAGAUCGCUAUGGAAAGGAAGGAAUUGCUCAAAGCGGAAUGGAAGUUUUUGUUAAUUCUGUAUCGAAGAUGCUCGACUCUUUGCAGGCAGCAUAUCAAGGGAAAAUUGUUGGAGUCAUUGGCCACAUUGGCUAUGUUGAUUCAGAGCAAGAGAAUAUGUUCCAUUUCACAGUGAAUACUCGAUCAUCCGCUCGUUUGCUGCAGCAAACAAAACUCUCUCCGGAGAGGAUCAUAAAAGCAGAAAUAGCAUUUGUUAGAAUCACCUUGGCCUGGAUAACAGGGAUCAUUCUUCUUAUUGCCACUAUUUUGGGGAUCUACUUUCUUCUCAACAUGUCAAUCACCAAGGAUACCCUUUUAUAUUCUAAUGUCAAGCUCGACUAAUAUCCAUCACAUUAGUGAUUCACGUUUAUCACUGAAAUACAGGAGGCGCUUUCUGCGAGGAAACCUGAUGCUAUCUGUGCAGAUCAGUUGUUUUGCUUGUGAUUUAUUUUGUUGUUAUGCAGCUUCACAAGCUUCUUUUUUAUUGAUUAUUUAGUUAGUAGCUCAAAUUUGUCAUAAAUGUAUCCGUCCUUGUGGGAGUUAAGAAUCUCAAAACCUAGAUGUACGGAUGGACAAAUCGUAGAUGAGCGUAUUUAUCGACUGAUACAGUUUCUGGAACAACUCUAUUUUGUUUUAGUUGUGUAUAUUUAUGUAUGUAACCAAUAAAUGCAUGAAUCUCAUGCUCUACUUGAGUA